AUGGUCAACCACCACCACAAGGACAGCACCCCCCACAAGGACAGUACCCUCCGCAAGGCCAGUAUCCUCCCCCUGGAGGCGCGCAAGGCCAAUACUACCCACCGCAGGGACAGUAUCAUCCCCCUCAAGGGCAGUACCCUCCCCAUGGCGGCCCUCCUCCUCCGCAGGGACAGUAUGGCGCCCCUCCACCGGGUGGUGCCCCGCCGUACGGAUAUCCGCCUCAGGGACAAUAUCCUCCCGCACAAGGAUACCCACCUCAAGGCUAUCCUCCGCAAGGCUACCCUCCGCAGAGAUAUCCCCCUCAGCCGGGCACCUCCGUCUCCGGGCUACGUGCCAGGCCAGAUGGCACAAGGAGACGCCAGUAGAGAAGCUGACAUUCUGCGCAAAGCCAUGAAGGGCUUCGGGACUGACGAGCUCACACUGAUAGAAGUUCUUGCAAGGCCAGACCCGCUUCAAAUGGCUCUUAUCUCACAUACCUUCAACUCUCGCCACAAGCGCAACCUGGAAAAGGAUAUCGAAAAGGAAUGCGGAGGAAAGUUUAGAGAUGUUAUGAUGGCUCUUGUACGCGGACCCCUGAUGCAGGAUGUCCACGCUAUCAACAAAGCCAUCAAGGGUAUGGGUACCAAUGAAAAGCUGCUCAAUGAUGUGCUACUUUCCCGCUCCAACGCAGACAUGAAUGCCAUCAAGACAGCGUACAAGGCCACCUUCGGGCGUACCCUCGAGGCAGAUGUACGCGGUGACCUGUCCAUGCAGACAGAACAAUUCUUCAACUUGGUUCUAGCCGCAACUCGUUGCGAAGAAAGUGCUCCUCCAAAUCAGUACCAGCAUGACCAAGACAUGUCGCAGCUCUGGGGAGCCAUGGGCGGCAAUACAGGUGUACCCAAGAACACAGUCUGGCAGAUCCUCACCCAGCGAUCCAACAACCAGAUCCGUGCGCUUUGCGAUGACUUCCCCAAGAAGCACAACACUGCUCUCAGCGCGCAGAUCACAAGCCAUUUCUCUGGCCAUAUCCGUGAUGCACUGGUGUACAUGCUUGGCAAGGCAGUUCAGCCUGUCAUGCACGAUGUGCUGGCGUUGGAAGAUACCAUGGCUGGCAUGGGCACUAACGAUUGCCUUCUGAUCGAGAGACUGGUGCGUAUUCACUGGAACAAACACCACCUUGAACAAGUGAAGCAGGAGUUUGAGAAGAAGUAUGGCAAGCCGUUGAGAUCGCGGGUGGCCGGUGAGACCAGAGGGGAUUACGAGAAGGCUCUACUUGCUAUGCUCCAGUGA